AUGAAGGGCGCCAACAUCAUUCCCGGCUACUACAAGGACCCGGAGAAGACACACGAGUUGAUUGAUGAGGAUGGCUGGUUGCACUCGGGCAAUGUCGGGUCAAUCGACCAGCUUGGACGGCCGACGAUCAUUGACCGCGUCAAGAACCUCGUCAAGCUCAGCCAGGGAGAGUACGUCGCCGUUGAGAAGAUCGAGAACGUCUACCUUCUGUGCCCGCUCGUCGCCCAGAUGUACGUCCAUGGCGACGGUCUCCGCGACCACCUCGUCGCGAUCGUCAAUGUCAACCCCGUCAACUUCGCUCCCAUCACUUCAAAGGCGCUCGGCAAGCACCUUGAGCCGACAGACCUCACCGGUCUUGCGGAGGUGGCAAAGGACGACAAGGUCGUCUUGGCUGUCGCGCAGACGCUCGCCAAGUACGCCCGGGAUGCGCAGUUGCUCAGCUUUGAGCGCAUCGAAGACUCACUUCACCUCCGAGUCGAGCCCUUCCCCGCCGACUGCCUCACCCCGACCUUCAAGUCGAAGCGCAACGUGAUUGCCAAGACAUACGCAACCGAGCUCGCCGACUUGUACACCAAGGCCAAGGGCAAGGCGAGGGCCAAGCUUUGA